ACGAGCACAAAUUCCUACCACCUGUCAGGCACAGCGGGUAAUAUGGACGAGAAGACGAACUAGGGCCGAGGAGGAAACACAGCGGCUAAUCAGAAGCUCGUUUCAUUAAAAGAUUUAGCGACUCGAGUUGUCCGUCAGAUUCAGUCGCUAAGAAUAAUACCCCGUUCUGGCGGUAGUCCAUACACUUAGACUUCGUAACAGUCUCAUAUAGAGCUCGAAACAGUCUCAUCUAGAGCUCGAAACAGUCUCACUGGUCUGUAGCAGAUCGCCUGUGGUGUGGACCAGAUGGAACCACGCGAGGAUGAACACCAGCCGUUGAUUGCUCCUGGCUUUAUCCGAGGAACGGCAUCGACGAGUGGUAGUCGGAAUGGGCCCUCCUGGACCGUAGGAUCGUCGUCAGCUGCCGUAGGAUCGCCUGCCGCACCCGCGGUUCUAGCAUCAGGGACCGUAGGAUCAGCAGCGUUGGCAGGGCCCGGAGAGACGCCGCUAUCGCCCGUCCAGCUGGCGCGUUCUCCGCAUUCCACGUCAGCGUCGAAUUGGGCCUUCCGUGCCGACUACACGGAGAGAGAAUAUCGAAAUGCGUCCGUCUCGCCAUUCGCGGCGCCAGUAGCAGCGCCAAUUGCGGCGCCUGUUGCGGUGUACAGCCGGCACGAGGCGUUCGCGUUCACCGUUGACAUGCGCGGCGGCGGCGGAGAGACGGGAGGAGCGAUGGGGCGAGGAGACGAGGGGGAGGCGCGGGAAGGACAGUGGGGCGGGCAGUCGGUGACGGGGAGCGGAGCGGAGAGAGGGCUGGAGAGAGGGAUGAGCGGCGAUCCCACGGAUGGUCUGGAGCAGCCCCUCAACGCCCGACGCCCACCUCUCGAGUCCCCGGAGCUGCGAGCCAUUCUCUACAAGUCCGCGUCCAUGCAGCGACUCGACGCCAUGCGCCGCCGCAAAGGCUCCUCCGGCUCAGACGACUCCCUCGCCUCGCAGCACCACCAGCUGCCCGGGGCGGCGGGCAGCGUGGGCAGCGGGCGGGGGGUUUUGUCCCGAGCUGACAGUGGGGGGAGCGGAGGGAGCUUCGGCAGUGGGGGAGUGGGGGGUGGGAGUGGGAGUAACAGCUUGAAUGUGACGCCGGACAGUAGCCUCCACAGAGGAGACAUGUACAGCCGGAGUGUGUUCGAGGCCAUCUCAGAGGGCCCUCCAGCGAGCGAGGCAGUGGCAGGGGAGGGCACGGAUGCGGAGGGGGAGGGUGGUCCAGGUGCGGUGUAUCUGUCGGACUGGCUGAUCAACCCGCAGUCGGCGCUGUACCAGCAGUUCCAGGCGGCGCUGCUGCUGCUCGCCAUCCUCAUCGGCGUUGUGGAGCCCUUCAACGUGGCCUUCCUGGACACGGAGAACGUGUUCACGCUAGUCAACGUGUUCAUCUACUGCACGGAUGCGGUGUUUCUAAGCGACGUGCUGCUCUCUUUCUUUGUGCCCGAGUUCAAAAUGGGCGAGUGGAAGACCAGUCUCGCCAGCAUUGCUGUCGAGUAUCUGCGUGGCAUGUUUUGGUACGACCUGCUAGCCGCCCUGCCCUGGGACCUCGUGCUCAAGGGCGUGUACCAACCCACGGGCACGGCUGCUGUGGCGCUCUCUGCCUUUGGCCUGCUCCGACUGCUGAGGCUGAUUCGCCUCUGGAACUUCCUGUGGGACAUGGCGGUGGACGUGCGCUUUGACUACAUCUCCACCAGCGUGCAGAAGUUCGCCCUCCUCAUCCUCUUCGCCGCCCACUGGUCCGCCUGCAUCUUCUUCCUGCUUGCCAGGGUCCGCAACUUCAGUGAGGAAACGUGGGUGGGCCACUGUGAGCCCGACCUGCCACUGCGCCCGCCGCUCGACGCCUAUGUCACCUCCAUCUACUGGGCGAUGACCACUCUCUCCACCACAGGCUACGGCGACCUGUCGGCCUUCACGGUGCCGGAGCGCAUGUGGGCGGCGCUGUUCAUGCUGAUGAACCUGGGGCUCACGGCGUACGUGCUGGGCAACAUGACUGUGCUGCUCACCAAGGCCGAUGCACAGACCGCCACCUACAGGGACCGACUCGCCGCCAUCAACAGGUACAUGCGAGCCCAUGUGGUGCCCUCGUCACUGCAGGAGCAGGUGCAGGCGCACCUGAAGCUGCACUACGAUACAGCGGAGGUGCGGGACGACGUCUUGGCACACUGCCCAUCGUCCGUGCGCACGCUGGUGAAGCGCCACGUGUACUCACGGUUCGUCAACUCCUCCUACCUCUUUGCCGGCACCUCCAACGUGUUCCGGGACCAAGUGACCACGCGUGCCAACGUGGACUUCUUCCUGCCGCACGUGGACCUGGUGGCGGCAGGCAACAGCACCACGGAGCUGCUCAUCAUCGCCUCGGGGCAGGCGCAGGUGCUGGUGAGGGACAAGGAGGGCAACGAGAUGCAGUGGUUCGUGCUGCACGAGGGCGACUGCGUGGGAGAAAUCGCCUUCCUCUGCGAUCUCACGGAGCUCUGGACGGUGCGCACGCUGUCGGUGUGCCGGGUGCUGUCCAUCUCGCGAGAGGACUACCGUUCCGUGGCGCGCACACACCCUGCUGACGACAGACACGUGAUUGCCAACCUGCUCAACAGGGCUCGCAGUAGGGCGGAAGCGACAGCUCGCUUCUACCCUGGCAACAGCACCAUGGCAGAGCUGUCACUGCUGCUGAAGAACGAGGUGGAGUCCUUCCGCAACCGCCUGGUGCAGGAAACACUGAUGAACCUGUGCUAUGCAGCCAAGAGAGGCGACAUGCUCGAGUGCUUCCGACUCGCUGCAGGCGGCUUUGAUGUGGCGGCCGCUGACUAUGAUGGCAGGACGCCCAUGCACCUGGCAGCAGUGACCGGGCAGGACAAGGUGGUGCAGUUCCUGCUGGCCCACGGCGCGCAGGUGAACGCCAAGGAUGCCUUCUGGCGCACUCCCCUGCAGGAGGCCGUUGCUGCGGGCCACUGGAGCACGGCUGAGAUCCUCAGAAGCAACGGGGGCGAGCUGCACCUGCGCAACCAGGGCACGCACCUGUGCCGCCUGGCGAGCUCGUCCAACUCGCACCAGCUGGCACGGCUGCUGGAAUUUGGAGCUGACCCCAACUCCGCUGACUAUGACGGCCGCACCGCGCUGCAUGUGGCUGCGGCUGAGGGGCACCUCAACGUGGUCAAGGUUCUGCUGCAGGGAGGCGCCAACCCCAGUGUGCGUGACCGGUGGCACCGCACGCCGAUGGACGAGGCGAGGGACAACAACCACACCGUGGUGGUGGCCUCGCUGCUGCGCGCCGCUGCCUCCGCCACCCCCACUCCCAGCCCCCGCUCCGCCGCCCCUCUGCCUUUUGUCGCUGCUCCUGCUGCUGCUACUGUCGAUGCUCCUGCAGAUACUCCUGCUGCUGCUGCUGUCAGCCUGCCUCCUCCUCCUCGUGCCCCUCCUAUUCCUGCGCCUGCUGCAGUUGCUGCUGCUACUACCACCACACCUUGCUCUCCCAUUGCUGCUUCUCUCCCUGCCACUGCUGCUGCUGCUCCUCUAGCCCUCUCUCCCAUCUCCCCCGCCAUGCCUGUGCCUGCACCAGAGAUAAAGGGAGCCGUCCUGGUGCCAAGGCAGGCUGCAGAUGGACUGUCGGCAGCCAGUGCACUCACUUGUGACCCUCCUGCUCUGGCUACACGUGCUGUUGAUGUGCCUGCUGCAGAUAGCAGCAGUGGUAGCGGUGAGGGUAGCGGUAUCGGCAGCGGCAGAGGAAACAGUGGCGGGGUUGAGCUUGCUUCAACAGUCACUGUGGCCACAAAUCGUGUGUCGGGUAGGCAAAAGGGAGCUGUAGGAGGGCAAAGCGUGUCAGGGGGGGGUGCUUUGGUGGUAACGGAAGCUGCAACGCACGCAGCUGCUGCAACAAGGGCAGCAGCAGUGGCAGCAAGCGCAGACGCUGUUGUGAGAGGUGGAGGAUACUUUGGUGGAAGACAUCCAGGAGGCAGUGCAAUAAUCUCAGCAGCAGUAUCGUCAGAUCAGAGUGGUGGCCAAAAGAGCAGCAGCAUGCGAAGCCCCCCUAGCAUUGAAAACGCAAAGCAGGAUUGAUUGUGGUACAAUGUGAGAUUUUGAUGAACAAAAAAAUACCAGCACUGUAAUCCCCGAAGCAGGGCCUCAGAUUGGUUUUAAGGUACCCUGAUUGCACAGGGUUCCCCCCCACCUUGUUCCCUGAUUUGACAGGACUACAUAAAAUUUUUCCGCUGAG